AACGGUGAUUUAUUUAGACAAAAAGAAAAAAAAUGAGAAUUUUGGUGGACCAGAAUUGGCUCCGAUGACUACCGCCACCAUCUCUGUCGUGGGCCCCACUAGCUGGGUUCAGACUCAGAGGAGACUGAGAGCCUAUCCAAUUCCGCCGCGAGCUGCUCUGGUGGAGGCCAGAGGAGCAGCCAUUGAAGAGGUCACCCUUGCCCGGUUGAGAGACUCCUCCGGCGCCGCCCCUUCUAGACACCGAGCCGAUGAUAUGCAAGCCGAAGCCGCGGCAAUGGCUCGCGCCGCCAACGCCUCUGUCUACAGCGCCGACCUCCUCUCCACCAAAUACGGCUCGCGCCCAAUCAGGGUCGCGCAGAGGGCGCUCGAGAUAUUCGCCGCCCUCGGUUCCUUCGCCCUCAGUUUGUGGCUAGACCAACUCAAAGGCCAGCUCGAUCAGAACCAGAGGCAGCGAGCCGUCAAUCUCAGAAACACUUUAACAAAAUUGGGCCCUACAUUUGUCAAAAUCGGCCAAGGUCUAUCCACCAGGCCUGACCUGUGCCCGCCUCUUUACAUCGAGGAGCUCUCUCAAUUGCAGGAUGCUUUGCCCACAUUUCCAGAUGCAGAAGCGUUUUCUUGCAUUGAGAGAGAGCUUGGAUGCUCGCUUGAUUCCAUCUAUUCAUCAAUCUCUGCAUCCCCAAUUGCUGCAGCCAGUUUGGGGCAGGUUUACAAAGCCCGGUUGAGCUACUCAAGCCAGGUUGUUGCUGUGAAGGUGCAAAGACCUGGCAUUGAAGAGGCUAUUGGCCUCGAUUUUUACCUAAUCAGAGGCCUCGGCUUCCUCAUUAACAAAUAUGUCGAUUUUGUUACAAGUGAUGUUGUUGCUCUCAUCGAUGAAUUUGCUCGGAGAGUUUAUCAGGAACUUAAUUAUGUACAGGAGGGGCAAAACGCUCGGAGAUUUAAAAAAUUGUAUGCAGACAAAGCAGAUGUCCUUGUUCCGGAUAUUUACUGGGACUACACUAGUGGAAAGGUGCUGACUAUGGAGUGGGUUGAAGGAGUGAAGUUAAGUGAGCAUGAAGCCAUCGAGAGACAAGGGCUCAAAGUUUUGGACCUAGUGAACACUGGUAUACAGUGCAGUCUUAGGCAGCUGCUUGAGUACGGCUACUUUCAUGCUGAUCCUCAUCCAGGGAAUCUCUUGGCAACGCCGGAUGGGAAGCUUGCUUUUCUCGACUUUGGGAUGAUGAGUGAGACUCCUGAACAAGCAAGGUCUGCCAUAAUUGGUCAUGUUGUCCACAUGGUCAAUCGAGACUACGAAGCCAUGGCUCGUGAUUACUAUGCUCUGGACUUUCUCCCUCCAGAUGUGGAUGUGGCUCCUAUUGUACCAGCUUUAAGGAACUUCUUUGACGAUGCACUCAAUUCAACUGUGAGCGAGCUCAACUUUAAAACUAUUGUGGAUGGCUUGGGCGCUGUUCUCUACCAAUACCCGUUUAAUGUGCCUGCAUAUUAUGCUUUGAUUUUAAGGUCUCUCACUGUUCUAGAAGGUUUAGCGCUGUACGCUGACCCUAAUUUUAAGGUGCUGGCUGCUUCAUAUCCAUAUUUUGCUAAAAGGCUUCUUACUGAUCCUAAUCCAUAUCUCAGAGAUGCUCUUAUUGAGCUGCUUUUCAAGGAUGGGAGAUUCAGGUGGAAUAGACUUGAAAACUUGCUUGUUCAGGGAAGAAAAGACAGAGAUUUCAAUGCCAAAGAUGCUUUACAACCCGUCCUUAAAUUACUAUUGGGACCAGAUGGUGAAGUACUCAGGAAUUUAGUAAUAAAAGAAGCAAUCCAAGUAACUGAAGCUGUUACUGUGGGCUCAGUGAUUGAAUCAUACAAAUUAGUUCCUGAUUUCAUAAGAACUCUUAUUUUUAAUAUCAAUGGAACUACUAGUCCAUUUGUAAUGAGCAGUGCUGAACAGGAAAGUAUGAUGGAGCUUAGGGCUCAAGUAUUCAGAAUAUGGGAACUCUUACGAUCGUCAGAUAACUUUGAUCCUAGUAUUUUACAGCCUAUACUGCAGGUACUGCAAGAACCCGAAGCAAGGCAACUUGGUGGGCGUGUAGUUGGUGGAAUUACUCAGCGUCUGGCUGCUCGCUUGCUGCAGCAAGUUCUGGGGGAUCCACCAGGCGCUGCUUCUACAACAUUGUAACUGCUCUUUCCGUCUGUUAUUUUUUAAGAGCGGUUCUUAAUCUUAUACACAGAUUUGUCAGAGUGAUCACAUCUGAAAUUCAUUAUCUUAAUUGAGAAGUGAAGAAAGAAACCUUAUGGCUCUUUUUUUUUUAUGGAUGGCUCCAACCUCCCAUCCACAUGAAUAUGCAAUUAAUCUUUGACUUCUAUAUCAUUGUUCUUCUGUAAACUUGAAGUGAUGACAUGAUACCAUGCCCAUCAAUAUGUGAAUUUUGAAGCUCAGUAGGUUUAUCUUGUAUAGCUCUGUACUAUGUAGUAAGAUAUCAAUGGAGAAGAAUGUAAAACGAUUCGCAUUACAAUGUUGAAAUUUAUUUAUUCA